AUGGCUGGUUUUUUCUUUUGUGGACUCUUCCCUCUGGCUAUUGAUGGAAUCGUUGGAUUGACGGGUUGGGACGUGUGUCCAUGGGUCUAUGUAGGGAUGCGGGAACGUCCUAGAAUUGUGGAAUAUGCGACGCGGGACCAAGCCCAGAACGCUGUGGCAACCCUCAGCAACCAGAACCUGAUGGGUCGACUCGUCUACGUCCGAGAAGACCGCGAAGCUGAACCUCGUUUCAUCGGUGCUACAGCCAACCGUGGCGGUUUUGGCGGUGGCGGCGGCGGCGGCGGCGGCAUGAACCCUGGUGGUUUUCCCGGCGGCGGCGGCGGCGGUGGGGGCUACAACCCGGGGAAUGGCAGCCGUCAGAUAUACGUGGCCAACCUUCCUUACACCGUGGGCUGGCAAGACCUCAAGGACCUGUUCAGGCAGGCUGCUCGAAACGGUGUCGUGAUUCGCGCCGACGUUCACCUAGGACCCGACGGCCGCCCCAAGGGAUCUGGAAUCGUCGUUUUCGAAAACCCCGAAGAUGCUCGCAACGCCAUCCAGCAGUUCAAUGGCUACGACUGGCAGGGCCGCUUGUUGGAGGUUCGUGAAGACAGGUUCGCCGGCGCUGGAGGCCCUAUGGGUUUCGGAGGCCGCGGAGGCUUUGGUGGUGGCAUGCGAGGCGGCUUUGGCGGCGGUUACGGCCGCGGUGGCUUCGGCCCUGGCCGUGGUGGCUUCGGCGCUGGCGGCUAUGGUCGCGGGGGCUUUGGCGGUGGCCCCGGUGUUGUUGGUCCUGGAGGUCCCGGAGGUCCCGGCGGCUUCGACGCUGGCAGCGCGCCUUCGGUCCCCCCUAACCCCUUCACUGACUAUGCCACCGCUGGAACCGACCGGAGCGAGACUAUCUACGUGCGAAACCUUCCCUGGUCUACUAGCAACGAGGAUCUUGUUGAACUCUUCACAACUAUCGGGAAGGUCGAGCAGGCAGAGAUUCAGUAUGAACCGAGUGGCAGAUCGCGUGGAACCGGCGUGGUUCGCUUCGACUCUGCAGAAACCGCCGAAACUGCGAUUGCCAAGUUCCAAGGUUACCAGUACGGCGGCCGACCCUUGGGUCUGAGCUUUGUCAGAUACCUGAACGCUGCCGGCGGCGGUGACAGCAUGGAGACGGAUGCCCACGCGGGUCUGACACAAGAUCAGAUCAUGUGA